AUGAAUAGCAAGUUUAAGGAAUAUCUUGAAAAAGAGUUUAAAAAUAUCAAAACUAUUGAACAGCUGCCAAAUUGGAUUAAAAAACAAAAUGUGAAUUAUGGUCUUAUAUUCGCAGAGAAAAACAUAUAUUCAUCAAAUUUUCCUACGUUUAUUACUGAUACAGAACUUCAUAUCAACAUUUUAGACGAAUCAUCAAAAAAAUUUAAAGCAAAGUUAAACAUACUGACAAAGAAGAUAGAUUCCAUUUUGUUAGAGAAUCAUAUUAAUGAUCCAAAUUUUGCUGGAUUUAAAUAUAAUACAGACAUUAUUAAUAAGAAUUCUAUAAUAAAAAAUUCGCCAGUUUAUGAUAUUUAUCUAGAAAUCAAAUGCUCGUUAGUUGAAUUGAUCUUUGAGAAAAAGUCAAUUUGUCCCUCUAAAGAUUUAGAAGAUGAAGUAAAAAAGGCAUUAGAGAAUAAAAAUCCAUACAAAGAAUUGAUAAAAGUAUUUGACGUUUAUGGACAUUUCUUACCUCAAAAAAUAGUUAUGGGUCAUAAAUUAUAUAGGAAGUCACACUUGUUAGUUAAUCAUGAAAAUAAUAAUUCGAUCAUAAGCAUUCAGCAAGUAGAAUGGGAAACAUUACAUGACUUUAAGAUAAGUAAAUUUGAAGAGCUGAUAAAACACUGGGAAAGUUAUUUGGAAAAAUAUGAUUUUGAUACAAAAUAUUUUAUAUCUCUGGAUGGUGAAACAGUAAUGAGAGAUAAGCUUGAAAAAUGGGUUGAAUUUUGCUUAGAGGGAAACAUUUAUCCUUUACAAAUUAUUAAUUGGUGUGAUUUAUAUCCAUUAUAUGAAAUAUUUGACAACCCUCUUCGUGAAGACAUUGAAUCUAUUCUUGGAGUUGAUUACUCUAAAAUUAAAGAGAAAGUACUCAUGACUGGCGCUAUACCAACUGAAAAAGACAUCAAUUAUUAUCGUGUAAACUUUUUUCCCGAUAGUGAUAAUCAUUUAGAAUCUAAUAAUUAUCAAAUUUUUGGAAAACUUAUAAAAAAAGAUGGAAUGCCAAUUGAUAAAGUAGCUGUAACAUUUAAAUCUUUAAAUGUAUAUGGAUUCUCGGCAAUAAUUGAAAGUUUUGGCAUAGUUAAGUAA